UUUUUUUUCUUUAUUCAUUACAACUCUCUCUCUCUCUCUUUUUUUCUAUUUCUUAUUAUUAUUAUUAAUAUAAUGGAUUAUCAAGCAGCAUCAAGUCUUUUAUCAUUAUCUACUCCACCUUCUACUGGUCCUCAACAUAAACGUGCCAUUGCUGCUAUUGACAAAGCAAAUGUUCCUCGUCCAUACAAAUGUCCCAUGUGUCCUAAAUCAUUUUAUCGAUUGGAACAUCAAACACGACAUAUCCGUACUCAUACUGGUGAAAAACCUCAUCAAUGUACUUUUGCUGGUUGUGAAAAACGUUUCUCUCGUUCUGAUGAAUUGACUCGUCAUAUUCGGAUUCAUACUUCUCCAAGCAAAAAAAGAGAAAGAAAACAACAACAACAACAACAAAAACGAUCUCGUCUUUCUCCCAAUAAUAAUAAUAACAAUAAUACGAUAUCAACUUCUACUUCACCAUCAUCAUCACCUUCAGUACAAUAUACUAUGCUUAAAUCAAAUCCUCCUUCUCCUGCUUUAUCAGUGGCUAGUAUGGAUUCUGAAGUCGAAUUCUUGUUUACUCCUGAAACAUCACCUACUUUGUCCCCACGACGUGUAUUAACUCCAGUGGGUUCUCCAAGACAACCUCCCAUGGUCAAACUUACUCCUUUGGAAUGCAAACAAUAUGAUUUAUCGUCAAUGAAAUCAUCAUCAUCAUCAUCUAAUGAACCAAGUCUACUAGAAUUAUUUGAUCGUCCUCCUCAAGCUCGGGUUUUACCUCCUAUUCAUCUAUCUACUCAACCUUCUCUUUCUUUACCUUCUAUUCAUUCUAUUCUUCCUUUUUAAACAAUCAUUAUCAUUAUUCUUUCUUUCAUUCAUUCAUUCAUUAGUAUUCAUUUCUUCUUUAUAUUGUAGUUAUAGCAUUCACUUAAUAAUAUCAUCUGGUAGUUUGUAUAGAUUUAUCCCCCCCUCACUUAUUUUCUCCCCGCUCUUUUUUUUUUUUUUAUCAUAUGCUUCUUUAUCAAAUAAAAAAAAAAUCAUGUACAUAAUAUAAAAAAAAAAGUUUUUUUUU